GAUCCAUGAAUAGCGCGAUGAAUGCUGCAUACCUAGGUAUGUGUAGAUUAUCGACUGGCAAGUAGUUCCCCAAGACACUCCCGUGGCAACAGCUAUAACGAUUGAAAUGCAGAUUGAAUAAAGCUGCAGACAAAGCUCUCAGCCCGAGCCAUUGGGGAGAGCUCCAGCUUCCUUCCGAUGAAAUUUGGCCGCAUAAUUCAGGGUCCAUGAACUCGUUUUGCUCGUUGUCGUAUCACAUUUGAGAUUCAUUCACCACUCUUGACAAUCGCUUCAUCAUCUGUCCAUCGUUGUCCCAUCAUGGCGGCAGAUCUGGGCGACGCUCACCGCAAUCCGGGAGCCUCACUCUUGGAGGACGACUUCGAAUUUGUCGAGACUCCCAAGGCGCCGCAGCCGAAGAACUCAACAACCAACUUUGGUGUCAGAACGACCGCGUAUCCAGCCAUCAAAAACGCACCACUUCCCGCCGACGGUCCCGCCAGCGAUACGUUCAACACACUCUUCCUUGUCACCUUGCUCGUAAUCAUUCCCGGAUACUUUGCCUGGCAAUGGCGCGGUGGAAUCUUCACCUUCCUGUUCUUCGCCAUCUUCACCACGAUUCCCAUCUUAAUCAUCUUCUGGAGCACUGCGUCAACAAUGUCACCUCGCCUGAACGAAAAGGCUCGCUUUCCUGGUGCGCCAAUCGAACACUACUUGACUUUUCACAAAGAGAGCGACCGUCGCACGUAUCGCGGCAAGAACAAAAUCCCAAUGGAGACCUUCCACGAGAAAUACUUUGCUGGCGACGUCGACUUCAACGGCGACGCUCUCGAGGUUAUGGAAUACCGUCACGAUUGGGCCAACUUCCGCUUCACCCUCAGCUUGUACUGGUUCUUCUUGACUGGUAUGAUUCCUGAGGUGAUCAUGCACACGCGAUCCCAGGACGAGGAGCAAGUCCGCGAUCACUACGACCGCGGUGAUGACUUCUAUGGCUGGUUCCUGGGUCCGCGCAUGAUCUAUACUUCCGGAAUCAUCUCCGAUCCGUCGCACGAGGAGACUCUGGAGCAACUACAGGACAACAAGCUCGCGAUUGUCUGCGAGAAGAUUGGUCUUCGCCCAGGUGAGAAGAUGUUGGAUAUCGGUUGUGGAUGGGGUACCCUGACCAAGUUUGCAUCGGCCAACUACGGUGCUCACGUCACUGGUGUCACCCUUGGGCGCAACCAGACUGCCUGGGGCAAUGGCGGUCUUCGCAAAGCCGGCAUUCCCGAAUCACAGUCUCGCGUCCUCUGCAUGGAUUAUCGUGACAUCCCAGUGCCGAGUGGCGGCUAUGACAAGAUCACCUGUCUCGAGAUGGCCGAGCACGUCGGUGUGCGCCACUUCAGCACUUUCCUGCAUCAGGUCUACGACAUGCUCGACGACGACGGUGUCUUCUUCCUGCAGAUCGCCGGUCUGCGAAAGAGCUGGCAGUACGAGGAUCUGAUUUGGGGUUUGUUCAUGAACAAGUACAUCUUUCCUGGAGCAGAUGCGAGUACUCCGCUCGGCUGGUUCGUCGAUCAAUUGGAAGGAAGCGGAUUUGAGGUCAAGGGUAUCGACACCAUUGGCGUGCACUACUCGGCUACCAUCUGGAGAUGGUACCGAAACUGGAUGGGCAACAAGGACAAAGUCAUCGCCAAAUAUGGCAUUCGAUGGUUCAGGAUCUGGGAAUUUUUCCUCGCCUACUCCACCAUCAUCUCUCGUCAAGGCUCAGCAACCUGCUACCAGAUCACUCUGGUCAAGAACAUCAACAGCGUGCACCGUAUCGAGGGUGUUCCUUCACAAUACAGCCUAUCCGGCGCUUUGGAGGCAGCCAAGGCGGCGGGCAAAGCUCUGUUUCCUGGCAGCAAGUACUAAGCACGCCUGAAUUUACUUCGCAACAUUUCCACAAUCGCCAUGGAACAGCACUGAAAGACCUGAGUGCGGCAUUUUGUAUUAUACCUUGGCUUGGUCUUCAUUUCUCACGUAACCACAUGUACACCAUUGCUGUGAAACAUGUAAAGUUGCACUUUUCUCCGUUCUGGUUCGGUGAUGCUUGAAAGUGCACCCAUGGCGAAUACUUCUUGCAGAUCUUGAGCAAGAGAUACAAUUUCAUAUUCAUGGUUUGACCUCCUUCAGGGUGUGCAUCGCAGGUUAAGUCCUCUCUUGUUCUCACUUUGCAGCAUUGCCUGAAGGUGGGCCACGGGGCGGUGGCCGCUCCACCACGACACCGUCAAUCUCGAUAUCGACCUUCUCGUUGUAAAAGC